AUGGAGGUAACCAGCAAAGCCGCGCGGGAAGGAUCCCGCGCGGGCGGGGGAGGCGAGGCCUCCAGUCGGCGCAACGGUGGGGAAAGAGAGGGCCGCGGAUCGAUGAGCGGAACAAAGCGGGAGCGCGGCGGGGGCGCGUGGGGCGCGGAGAGCAGCGGUCCCGCCGGGCGCAGUGGAGCCGGCGGAGCGGGGGGAGCCGGGGGGAGUUCCGCGGGGGCGGGCGCGGAGAAGAAGGUGAAGGUGAUGCAGCGCGGGCACGGCAUUGCGCACCUGGAAAAGCUCCGCCUGCAGGAAUUGCGCAACGCGGAACUAGAGCGGUCGCAGCAGCAACAGCAACAACAACAGCAGCAGCUGCGACAGCUUCAGCAACAGGACCCCUCAAGCCUCCUAACCUCUUCCGCGGCCCUCCAAGCCCUAGGCCUCGGCGGACUCUUCCCCUUACCUCCCCCCGUCGCUUCCUCCUCUCUCGCGUCGCUCUCCGCCCCUCUGGGGCCGCUUUCUGACAACCUCGCGACAGCUGCGGCGGCGGCGGCGGCAGCGGCCGCCGCGUCCGAUCCGCUAUUAAGUAUCGCUGCUAGAAGGCAGCUAUCGCUACUUGCCGCGUCGCGAUCGUUAUCCAGCGAUUUCGCGGAUCGAAUGCGCGUGGGGGGAGAUCGAUCUGUGGUGGGCGGAGGAAGCGGGGCGGGCGGAAGCUUGGGCGGGCUGGGCGCAGCGCUUGGGGGCCUGAGCGGAACGACGGGGAGCAGUCCGGGCGGACACGAGCGGGUUCCGCUCGACGUGGUGAUGGCAGCUUCGGCAGGCGCAGCUUUGGGCAGAGAAGGAUUCCACAGGCUCGGCGGAGGCUUGGGCGGAGGUUUGGGCGGUGGCUUGUUUGGUGCGGGUGGAUUAGGGCUUGGCGGGGGGUUUGGCGGAGGGCUGGGGGCCGGCGCAGCGGGGACGCGGGGAGGGACCGCGAGCGAAGGAGGCGCGGGGUUCGGGAGUAUCUUUGGGGGGGGGUUGAGGGGGGCGGCGGUGGCGGCGGCCGCGGCAGCUGCGCACGCAGCGAGUACGGGAAGGGCCGGCACUGGCGGAGCGAUGCAGUCGCUUAGCGAGUUCGCCAUCCGGCGGCUUCAGAUCCUGGUGGAAUCAGCAGGCGGGGGAUCGAAUCUCGACGUUGGCGCGUUUGGCGGCGCAGGGGGGCCGGGGGGCGGGAGUGUGGCGAUCGGCGCGGGGUACAACUCGUGGGAGGUCGACAGCAGCUCGCGCACCCCAGGGUCCCGCGGAACAGCCCUGGACGCAGCGCUAGGCGCAGCGCCGGGGGGAGCGUCAGGGGGAACGCCAGGGGGAACGUUCGGGGGAACGUUAGGAUCGGCCGCAGGGGGGGGUCUUGCUGGGGCGGCUUCUUCCCGCGGGCUGUCUAAUCUCGCAUCAGGCGCGCGCGCAGGCGGGGGAAGCGCGGAGAUGAGCGCUGGCGGGGCCGUCGGAAGCGGAAUGGGCGCUGGGGGCGCGGCUAUAAGCGCUGGGGGAGGCGGUAGCCCGGGGGGAAGCUCGCUUUCCGCGCAUCUGCCCAGCGCCGUGCCUCUUUCCGCCACUGGCGCGGGGCUGGGGCCUUCUGGUUUGCGCCACAGCAGCUAUGGGGGGGAUGGGGGAACGGAGGGGUCACCCUUUGGGGGAGGCAGAGGCGGAGGCGGGGGCGGAGGGGGAGGCGGAGGGGGAGGGGGGGUGGGCGGCGGAAGGAAUCUUGAGGAGGAAAGCGGGAAAAAGGGUUUUUUGGGGGGAUUUGACCAGAGGCGGGGUAGUGGGGGGAAUGAUGCUAGUGGGGAGCGACUGGGGGCGGGAGAGGGCGGAAGGGGCGCAAUGUUUGGGCUAGGGGCGGGCAGGAGGGAGGAGGAGGAGAAGGUGGGCAGAGAAAGGGCUUUCCCAGUGCAUCACACACACCCGUUCAUGCAUAGCUCCCGAACCCUCACAUGCGCGAGGCUGCAGCGGCAGGAGCGGCGGGAGGAAUGGGAGGAGCAGGGGCAGGAGGAAUAG